CAAACCCCACGGAACCCAAACCACCUCCCACUCCUCUUCUCCCCAGCUCCCCUCCCGCCCCCAUCGCCGCCGCCGCCACCGGCGACGGCGACCCCGAUGGGCGCCACCGCCUCCGUCCUCUCCCUCCCCGCGGCCGCCUCCUUCCCCCUAUCCGCCACAGCCAUCGCGGGCGCCGCCGGCUGCUUCGCCCUCGGCUACCUCCUCGCGCUCGCCCGCCUCCCCCUCCACGCCGCCGCCCCCGCUUCCGGGGACGACGAUUCCGAGGAAGACUCGGAGGAAGAUGAUGACGAAAAUUCCGGCCGCGGCAAGGCGGCCAAGCGAGCGGCCGCGCGGAAGCGGACCGGGCUCAGGCUGCUCUUCUGGUCCAGGAACGUGGUCACCAAGUCCGACUCUGCCAGGGAGGCCGAGAGGGCUCAGGCGCAGACCGCCAAGGCACCCCUGGAGAUCGAGAACCUUGCCAAGAUAAUAGAGGAUUUCAAAAUGGUGCUCGUGGUCAGGAACGACCUAAAGAUGGGGAAGGGGAAAAUCGCCGCACAAUGCAGCCAUGCAACACUGGGCUUGUUUAAGAAACUCCAACAGAGAGCACCAAAGUCAUUACGAAGGUGGGAGAGGUGUGGGCAAGUGAAGGUGGUUGUGAAAGUAGAAAGCGAGGAAGAUAUGCUUGUUUUACAAGGGAGAGCAAAAUCCUUGAAUCUGCCAACUCACAUUACCAUUGAUGCUGGAAGAACACAGAUUGCACCAAAUUCAAGAACAGUCAUGGCUAUUCUUGGGCCGGCUGACAUGGUUGACGAUGUUACUGGUGGUCUGAAGCUCUUGUAACACCACUUCAACAUUCUCAAACACGGGGUUCACAGAGCAGUGCUGCGACUUUGCAAUCUACCGUGGUCUUGCGCUUCCAGUGAUCUCGUGCUGAAGAAUGAAGCUUUUGGCUUCAUUGGUUAACUUGAUGUCGUUUUUCUUGGAUUUGUUUGGAAGAAGGUUGUGUCCACUUUUACUUGUAUUGAGUUGUAUCAACUGUUGUCUUUUAAGAUGAGAUUUCAGUAAAUCCACUGGUUACAU